CAAAAACAAAUAUCAUAAUAAUAAUAAUAUUUUCCAUGGCUGAGUUGAGGUUGAGGGUAUCAUCAAUGUUGUUGCGUGUUUUGGUAGUGGUGAUUACGGUGGCGGCGGCAGUUUCCGGCCAAAAUGAUAGUACAUACAGUGGAAGGAGGGCGGCGAUGGUGCCUGCUAUGUUCAUAUUUGGAGACUCUCUUAUUGAUAAUGGGAAUAAUAACAAUCUUCCUACCUUUGCAAGAGCAAACUAUUUCCCUUAUGGUAUUGAUUUUCCUUAUGGCCCAACUGGGCGUUUCUCCAAUGGGUACACUAUUGUUGAUGAAAUUGCGGAGUUGCUAGGACUUCCUUUAAUUCCUCCAAGCACAGCUCCAACAAGCGGAGCCAUGCGUGGACUAAAUUAUGCCUCUGCAGCCUCUGGAAUACUUGAUAUCACUGGAAGAAAUUUUAUAGGUCGUAUCCCCUUCAACCAACAGAUAAGGAACUUUGAGAACACGCUGGAUCAAAUAACUGGCAACCUUGGGGCCGCGACGGUAGCUCCGGUGGUGGCUCGCUGCAUAUUCUUCGUUGGAAUGGGCAGUAACGACUACCUUAACAACUAUUUAAUGCCUAAUUAUCCCACUAGGAGCCAAUACAAUAGCCGCCAGUUUGCUGAUCUUUUGAUCCAACAGUACACACAGCAACUCACCAGGCUUUACAAUCUUGGAGGUCGGAAGUUCAUCAUCCCGGGGAUUGGAACAAUGGGGUGCAUUCCCAACGUAUUAGCUCGUAGCUCCGAUGGAAGAUGCUCAGAAGAAGUAAACCAAUUGGCCCGAGAUUUCAAUGUAAACGUUAGAUCCAUGAUUGCAAACCUUAAUGCCAAUCUUCCUGGUUCAAGAUUUACUUAUCUCGAUAUUGAUCGCAUGAACCAAGAUAUCCUUGCAAACCCUACAGCUUAUGGAUUCAGAGUGGUGGAUCGUGGGUGCUGUGGGAUUGGGAGGAACAGAGGACAGAUAACAUGUCUUCCAUUCCAAAUGCCAUGUCUAAAUCGAGACCAGUAUGUGUUUUGGGAUGCAUUCCAUCCAACUCAAAGAGUGAAUAUCAUCAUGGCAACGAGGGCUUUCAAUGGUGACUUAUCCGUUGCUUACCCUUUCAACAUACAACAACUUGCCACUCUUGAUCUCUAGUUAACUUCUGUUUCAUAAAUAUAUAAAUAUGUGUCUGUGUGUGGAAGAUGGAGAGGAAACAGAGAUUAGAGGCUUAAAUUUUAAUUAGCUCUUCUGUGUGUUGGUUUGGUUGCAAUAUAUCUGCUUUGUUUCUGGCUGUUUCUUUUUCCCCUUAUUUUUCUUAAUUUUUUAGUGUUAAAUGUGUAUAUCUAAACAUGUAUUCUUUGAAUACUCGUUUUGUUUUGUAAUUUUCUUUCUUUUUGUAGAAAUAUGUUCAUGUAUAUAUAAUGUGUUAUGAAACUUUCUGUGUU